UCGAAUAUACAAGAAUGGUUUAAAUCGUAUAAAUAAAUUUGACGGCCAUUCAUUUUUAUACGAUUAUACUGGUCUGGUCUAUUCUAUGUUUCAAAUGACCGGAUUAUUGUUUGUGAAUAAUGAUGGCAAGCAAAUAAUUUUAAAUUUUUUGAUGAUGAUCAUAUUCAUGACGAUCGUUGCAAAAAUUGUAUUGGCUGAUGAUAAAUAUAAAUCAAUUAUUGUGCGUGGUAAUAAUGAAACCGAAUGGCAUUCUAUACGAUAUCCAUACAAAUCUGUCUAUGGUCUAUACGAAAGAUUAAAAUGUGAUGGAUCGAUUCAUGAACGAUUUCAUGAAUGUGAACGAUCGGCACAUCAUUCAUGGGUAAUCACCAUUGAUGAUUAUUUUUAUGAAUCAAAAAAGUUUUGCUGCUUCAUCUGGCAAACACUUGAUUGUGAAAUUGGUGUUUCUGGAGAAUGUGAUAAAGAAUAUUCUAAGAAACUCGAAACCAGCACCGAAGAAUCAUACAAAUCAAUGUGUGAUCGAGUUGGUUCAGCUCGUGGAUCAACAUCAUGUUGGUUGACACAAGAUAGACAAGAAACAAUUGCUUGGAUAGUCGGAAUCAUAAUUUUCAUCUUAACGUUGGUCUGUGCAUGUUUGGGAAUUCGAACUUAUCUUAAUAAGAUUAAUACUGCAAAGCCUAAAUUAGAAAUUAGCGAACCAUUUUUUUUCAGAAAGGAAACGCAUUUAUUUGUCGAGAAACACUUUCCGCUAGUUGUUGCCGAAUUAAGAGCAAGAGCACGGAAAGGUAUUCCACUUCCAAAACGAAGAACUCGAGGAAACAAAUCAUUUUUACAUCCCAAUAUGGGUGGCCCAAAAAUGGAUGCAGCAAGUGUUCCAAAGAAUAUCCCUUCAUCUACAUCAAGAACACCAACUACAGUAAUGCCAAAACAAGCAACAACAACAACAACCACGUCACCACCUAGAACAUUGACUUCAGUAAUGAAAUCUAAAGGAAAAACAAAUAUGUUAAGCCAAUCAAUUUUACAUGCCGAUACGGGCCUAACGGGUUCACCAUCACCAAGUGUUUCAAGAAAUAUCACUACUCCAAAAAUAGUGGUUAUAGCGGCACCUGAAAGUGUGACAAUACCAUCACCACCGUCACCAACUCCAACGAUAACACCGCCAGGAACACCUACAAUAUCAACAUCGUCAAUGGGUUCUUUGGAUUUUACUGGAUUGACUGAGGCAGAACGAUUACAGAGAAUUGCACAACACUUUGAUCCUCUACUAAAAAUGUAGAUGAUUGCGAAUGGUGGUGUUGAUGUGUUCAAAGAAAAUAAGAA